GCUGCUAGCGAAACUUGGAAAACAAGCCGCCGAAAUUGCGGAGCUUAAGCGACAACGCACAGCUGAUGCGGUUCCUUUGCUCCGUUUGGUGCCGGUGGGCCGAGCUCGCCCCGACGACACCAACGAUAGUGGCGAUGAGUUGUCAGGCGCGGAUCCCCGGCCGCCUGCCACAACAUCGCCAGCAGCAUUGACGACGGCCGCCGCCGCCUUGUCGCCGGCCACCCCGGGCAGCAAUGGCGACAGUGGCGAUGAGAUGUCAGAUACUGCCCCCCUGCCGCGUGCCUCGACCGGGGCGCAGCCAUAUCCAGACACCGUGCCGGCAUCGCGACCUCACAUGGGCGACUCCAACCCCUUGCAAUCCAGCCCUGCGCCGCCUGCAGUGGCAAACUCAUUGUCGGCGGGGAGCAGUUCCAGCAAUUCUGGCAACAACGACGGCGCCUCCAGCAGCCCCCCAGCGACAGCCAGUUCCCGCUGGACCAACCCGCGGAAUCAGCUACGGUCCCUGGUUUCCUCGCAAUCAAUCGCGCAAAGCCACCGGCUGGACAAUCGACGGCCAGCAGUCCCGAGGCGCAGGCAGCGGCUAGACUGUCGACGGCCAGUAGUCCCUUGAGCCCUCCCCCUGAGAUUUUCGAUGCCGUCAUGCGCGACAGCGAAUUGCUGGAGCCUGACGACGGCCAUCCCCGGCCCCUUCCCGUCACAGAAUUACAGCCACAGAGUCACAUUCCUGUUGUCGAUAUCGACAAAAUACCUCCGGCGAAACCCCGGGAGUUCAAGCUGCCAAAACUAACUGGGCCAUAUCGCAUGCGGCUGGAAAGGCUGGUCACGGAAGCCCAAAUGACGUUCCCGGAGAGAAAUUUUGGCCAAUUCGGUGAAAACCAGUUCGUGGACCGCCGCAUGAUGGAAGACCUUCUCAGAGAUGAUCUGCCAGACGGAUACUACCUAGACGCCCGCCCUUUAGAUCUGAACAAAACACCGCCGCCGCGUGGUCUCGUUCUGCCCUACCACGUUAAUUGCUCCGACCAGCUUUCGGAACAGGGCCAAAAUCAUUUCGUCAUUGCGGUCGUCGAGUUGGACCAAUCCAAAUUUAUCAGCUGGGGAAUGACAAAAGAAAAGCGCGAGCAGGAGGCGACCGCACUUGCAGGUAUGCUCGGUCGUAACGAUGCUUUUGAGCAAAAACCACACGAUGUAAGAGCCCCCUGUCCUAAACGAUCGGCUGAGCAUCGCGCUGAUCCUUGCAGCUCGAUUCCGAGGAUAACUGCUGUGCUUUUCGAUGCGUGGAGGCCGUACGCAUCCAUUUUGAGAUAGACAAAGAGCGAGAGCGGGACAAUACCGCCCUUCGGCUGGCCUCCCUAAAGAGAUGGAUCAAAUCUAAGAAUAAGGCGGUUGAGGCGCUGAGGUCCGGCAAUCCCCGAAAAGACGGAGAUCAGGCGCUUGCAGACGCCGGGAUUGGUGACUUCGCUACCGCGGUUUCGACCCCGGUUGAUCCAGAAGUUGAGGAAGUGCUCCUUAACGAAAUUUCUGCAAUCGAGGGUGCCGACACCCCACCAGAUGCUUCAGCGUCGGAAGCGUCAAGCCAGCAGCAAGCUUCGACGGCUGAAGCAGCGCCAGGUCCCCCAUCGGAACCGCUCAGCCAGCGCAAAAAUGGCACUGCCGCGUCAAACUUGGACGCCUCCACCGCGGCUAAAUUCGUGGUGGCCCCCGAGCGGGGAAGAAGGCCGCUUCCCGACAGCCGACCCCAGCCAGCUGCUCCACCACCCGAGCUCGGACAUUCCCAGGCUCCCCCGCCCCACUUUAGCAACAGUGGCAACACCAUCCCUCCUUCCAGUGACGUUCACAACGGCGUAAGAUACAGAUGGAUGCCCGACACCAUUGGUGGCUCCGUUUUAUUGCUCGAGCCAACACCGGACCAAUACCGGGACCUGAAGGAAGGCCCCGAAGAUGACAUCCCUUCGCUUAUCCGCUGUGGCAAGGAACUCGCGGGAGAGGCUGGCAUAUUUGUGAUUAUCGCGCCAGCGAGUUGUCGACCAAACCGUCCCAAACAACCUUCGUUUCGCCGAAGAAAGUCGACAACGUACGAACGAAAACCACUAGAACAUGGGUUUUCCCAACUUCUCACCCAACACCAGACAAUGAGCAUUCAGUCUUUCGAUGACGACAAGCUUGAAGUCGACUCCAGCAUUACCGACGACGUCGAAAAGUUUGCAACAGUGAUCUCAAAUCCAACGGAACUAGGCAACGUGGCCUACCAGACCGACAUCCCAGCCCACACUGAAGAAGAGCGCAGGGGGGCAUUCCUACCUCCAGAAAGUCCGGUUUGGCCGUUCCGAGGCAACAAGUUUCCUGCGGAUGGUCCUGUUCCCGGAUUACACAAUCCUUCCGCGUAUCAGUCGCGGCCGUGGGGACCGUUUGCAUGGCAUCGUGAAGAUUUACGCGCGUGGGCGGUCAAUUAUCUUUAUUGCGGAGAAAAGAUUUGGCGCGUUAUCGAGCCAGGAUCAGAAAAACAAGCGGACAGAGUGUUUGCCGACAUGCUGGGAAUGACGCCGACCUACAACCAAUAUCUCCGGCACCAAGCUUUGCAUGGCGGCGUUGAUCGCUUGCGGGAGGGGGGCGUCGUUGUAAGAGAGUUCAAGCAAAAAGCCGGGCAAUUGGUCAUUACCCUUCCAGGCGCCUACCAUUCCGGAUUCAGCGUCACUUCCACUCAGGCCGAAGCGGUCAACUGGACGGAUUCCACAGAUCGGUCCGAGGAAUAUGUCCCUUGCAACGCGGAAUGCAAUGAUCACGACCCGAUUACGUAUGAAAUAGCGUUUUCGAACGAUCAGCCCCAGAACUCAACUUCCCUUAAAAAGGAUACAGGCAAAGAGCAUCACGCCGGAGAGCAGCAUACUGGCAACGAGCAUACGGAUAAGCAAAACACAGGCGAUGACCAGCAAACCAAAGUCGCAGGAACCCGGAGAUCAGGAAAGAGGAAGUCCGAAGGUACCCCCUAUCCCGCAGGAUUUGUCACUGGGAACAAUGCGCAGCAAGCCGCUACCCUGCGCAGUGCACGGCAAAAAGCACCGAGGGUGGCAAAAGACACAAGCGGAAAGCAGCACGAGUGCGGCGAGCGGCGGGGCGAAACCGUCGAAUCACCAAGGUUACGGAAAAACGAACGCGCUGCUGCCCCAAAUGAACCACCAUCCGACGAGCCACAAUCCAAGCGAAAGCCCCGUCCCGUAGCCAUUAUGGCCGAACAUUUACGCGACGCAAAUGCCAUCGCACGGUUAAGGGGUCACAUCAGAGCUUCAAGGGGAAAUGGACGGCUUCCAAAGUUAGAGGUCAAGGAAGAAGAUAGUGUCCGCGCAGCAGUUGCAUAUUGCAAGAUUGCGAUUUAGGCUAAGCAGUCAGCUGGCUACUGUGGCCUAAGGUCAUGGAUAGCAUGGGCUUCAGCUAAUAAGCUUAUCAACCUUGAGAAGGAGAAGGCGAACAGAAAGCGCAACCCUGAAGAUGUGCUCAAAAAAGCGCAUGCAGAAGUCGCUACCUUGACAUAUGGUGCGUUUAAAAA